AUAAAAACUGUAUUUCAGGUUUUUUUUUCUUUGCUUAAAAAGAACCCUCAUAGAACGGACAUGUCUUCAGAUUGGCCUAUGCAGACUACUGAGGAAAUCGUGACAACAUUAUGACAUUUUGGCCUAAGAUGUUUAAGAUGUAAUAAGCAACUCAUGAUUUGUGAGGCACAAUGUGUGACACAGAAGUCCAACUGCUGGCCAUUUUAACUUAAGGGCAGCUAAGGGCUCCCCGCUUUGCUUCUGCAAACCUCACCCCUCGCCCUCCACCAGGCGGUCGUCACCAGCUGCAGACGCCCGCACCCCGGGUGCGAGGCAGCCCGCGCUUUUCCGCCCCCGUUCUGGGGGCCAAGGCCGACGCACCCCGACGCCUGGGCGCGCGCCCUAGGCACACGUGACGGUGUGGGGAGGGCAGUUUUCUUCCUCCCCUCCCCCUUCUGAAGUCCCGCCUCCUCUUGAGAGGUUACAGCUUUUUAUUGCGCCACCAACAGAAUGACCCCCGUCCAAGCCAAUCAGAAAUCUAGUCCUCACGUAAGACCCGCCCCCAAUUGGUCCUCAGGUUCCUUCCCGCUCACACCGGAGUCACUUCCGAAGAGAGAGAACCGCCAUGAAGAGAGAAGGGGGUGCCGCCCACCUCUGUUCCGACAGCCUCCCCGAGUCCCAGCAACAAGACGGCAACCACACACCCAACUUCUCCAGCCACAGCUCAUGCCGCCGUCGCCAGCGGCGCCGACAUGACAAGGCGCUGCAUGCCCGCUAGGCCAGGUUUCCCCUCAUCCCCAGCCCCGGGGUCGUCGCCCCCGCGCUGCCAUCUGAGACCCGGUAGUACCGCCCCUGCUGCAGCGGGAAAGAGAACAGAGAGUCCUGGGGACAGGAAGCAGUCAAUUAUAGAUUUCUUCAAACAAGCUUCAAAACAAGAUAGACAUAUGUUGGAUUCUCCACAAAAAUCAAACAUCAAAUAUGGAGGAAGUGGAUUGUCCAUCACUGGGACAGAGCAAUUUGAAAGGAAACCAUCCUCACCAAAAAAAUCUAAACCCAAAAGGGUGUCAUCAGAGAAAAGUCCUAUUUUAGAAGCUCUCAUGAAAGGUGUUAAUAAAGAGCAUCAUAAAGAUCGUGAUGUACAUGAGUCACGUCGACCUUGUGUGUCACUAGGCUCCAAAUAUUUAUCCAAAGGAACAAAUAUCUAUGUUCCUUCUUCAUAUCRCUUGUCAAAAGAGAUGAAGUCACUAAAGAAAAAACAUCGGUCUCCAGAGAGAAGGAAAUCACUGUUCACUCAUGAAAAUAGCAGGGAGAAGAAUGAUAGAGAUCGAGGCAAGGCGAAUUCAGACUCUAAAAAGCAGGCCAUGGUGAGAGAAGCCGAAAUCUUCAAGAAUGGCUCCAGAAGUCUUAGUAGCCGGAGCAGCCUAUCCAGACACCACCCAGGAGAAAGCCCAUUGGGAGCUAAGUUCCAGUUGUCACUAGCUUCUUACUGCAGAGAACGGGAGCUGAAGAGGUUGAGAAAGGAGCAAAUGGAGCAAAAAAUCAACUCAGAAAAUUCUUUCUCUGAAGCAAGCAGUCUUUCCUUAAAAUCUUCUAGCAUGGGAAGAAAAUGUACACCGAGGCAGGAACAAAGUAAACAUAAUGAUGUCAUACCUGGAAAGAGUAAUCUUUCAAAUCUGGAAAAUGGACAUCUCUCAAGAAAAAGAUCCUCUUCUGAUUCAUGGGAACCUAAUUCAGCAGGUUCUAAGAAUAAAUUCCCUGACAAGAGAAAAAGGAACUCUGUGGACUCAGAUCUGAAAAGCACAAGAGAAUCUGUAAUACCGAAAGCAAAAGAGUCCAUCCUUGAGAAGCGUCCUGACGGACCACAUCAGAAAGAAAAAUUUAUAAGACAUAUUGCACUGAAGACACCUGGUGGUGUGCUGCGCUUGGAAGAUAUAUCCAAGGAACCAAAUGAUGAAACUGAUCACUCCUCCACAAGCUUAGCACCUUCAAAUUCUGGCUACCAUUCUUCUAGGAAUAGUGACCAAAUCCAUGUGGCAAGUACCAAAGAGACUAAGAUACAGAAACCCCACUUAUCKUUACCUCAGGAAAAAUCUACAAUUAAAAAGGCUAGCAACCUUCAGAAAAAUAAAACUGCUAGCUCUGUGACAUCAAAAGAGACAAAACUUCUACCUUUGCUCUCCCAUGUUCCAAGUGCUGGUUCUUCUCGGGUACCAUUAAAUGCUAAAAAUUGCACUCUUCCAGUUCCUAAAAAAGAUAAAGAGCGUUCCUCAUCUAAAGAAUGUUCUGGGCAUUCUACAGAAUCCUCCAAACACAAGGAACACAAAGCAAAGACUAAUAAGGCUGAUUCUAAUGUAUCUUCAGGGAAAAUUACUGGGGGAUCUUUACGUUCAGAAUGUGGCACUUCUACAAAGUCUCCCCCAGCUGUUUUGGAAGUUGUGCCAUGUAUCCCAAGCCCUACAGAACCUUCAGAUAAAACCCCUUCAGAUAAAGAGAGUUCAGGAAAUUCCAAUGCAGGUAGCAGUGCACUGAAAAGAAAAUUAAGGGGUGAUUUUGAUAGUGAUGAAGAAAGUUUAGGUUAUAACCUAGACAGUGAUGAGGAAGAGGAAACCUUAAAAUCACUGGAAGAAAUAAUGGCCUUGAACUUCAGUCAGACUCCUGCAACUUCAGGAAAGCCUCCUGCUCUUUCUAAGGGGCUUAGAUCUCAGUCAUCAGACUAUACAGAGUAUGUUCAUAGUGGAACUUAUACAAAUACUUUAGACCGUCUAGUGAAAGAGAUGGAAGACACACAAAGGCUGGAUGAACUGCAGAAGCAACUACAAGAAGACAUAAGGCAGGGCCGAGGCAUUAAAUCACCAAUMAGAAUCGGAGAUCAAGACAGUACAGAUGAUGAGGAUGGCCUCUUGGAAGAGCACAGGGAAUUUCUUAAGAAAUUUUCAGUUACAAUUGAUGCUAUUCCUGAUCAUCAUCCAGGUGAAGAAAUAUUUAAUUUUCUCAACUCUGGGAAAAUUUUCAAUCAGUAUACCUUGGAUUUAAGAGACUCUGGUUUUAUUGGACAAAGUGCUGUAGAAAAGCUUAUUCUCAAAUCGGGAAAAACAGAUCAGAUUUUUUUGACAACACAAGGGUUCCUCACCUCUGCUUACCAUUAUGUUCAGUGUCCUAUACCUGUAUUAAAGUGGCUGUUUCGGAUGAUGUCAGUUCAUACAGACUGUAUUGUGUCAGUGCAAAUUUUAAGUACGUUGAUGGAAAUAACAAUUAGAAAUGAUACUUUCAGUGACUCACCAAUUUGGCCUUGGAUCCCAUCAUUGUCUGAUAUAGCAGCUGUGUUUUUCAAUAUGGGGAUUGAUUUUAGAUCUUUGUUUCCUCUGGAGAAUCUUCAACCAGACUUUAAUGAAGACAAUCUAGUUUCUGAAACACAGACAACAUUGGGGGAGAAAGGAAGUGAAGAUUCAUCUUAUAAGCCAAUUUUUUCAACUCUUCCUGAAACCAACAUUUUAAAUGUGGUUAAGUUUUUAGGCUUGUGUACAUCCAUACAUCCAGAAGGUUACCAAGACCGUGAAAUAAUGUUGCUGAUUUUGAUGUUGUUUAAAAUGAGUUUGGAAAAACAGCUGAAACAGAUUCCUCUAGUUGACUUUCAGAGCCUCCUGAUAAACCUGAUGAAGAAUAUCAGAGAUUGGAACACAAAGGUACCUGAACUCUGUCUGGGCAUAAAUGAACUCUCCAGCCAUCCUCAUAAUCUUCUGUGGUUGGUACAGCUAGUCCCUAACUGGACAUCACGUGGAAGGCAACUCAGACAGUGCCUCAGUCUAGUGAUAAUUUCAAAGCUUUUGGAUGAGAAACAUGAAGAUGUCCCAAAUGCCAAUAAUCUGCAGAUAUCCGUCCUGCAUCGAUAUCUUGUGCAAAUGAAACCUUCUGAUUUGUUGAAGAAAAUGGUCUUAAAGAAAAGGGCUGAACAACCAAAUGGCACUAUUGAUGACAGUCUUCAUUUAGAACUUGAAAAGCAGGCAUAUUACCUGACCUACAUUCUUCUUCAUUUAGUUGGUGAAGUUAGUUGUUCUCAUUCUUUUUCUUCUGGACAACGGAAGCACUUCGUGCUACUCUGUGGGGCUUUGGAAAAGCAUGUUAAAUGUGAUAUUAGGGAAGAUGCAAGACUUUUUUACAGAACUAAGGUGAAAGACUUGGUUGCCAGGAUACAUGGAAAAUGGCAGGAAAUAAUUCAGAACUGUCGGCCUACUCAGGUGUCAUUUUAUUAAACAAUUUAUUAAUAGUUUUACUAAGUGGUACUUUUCAUACUUUUGAAACAGA